UUAAAUUGUGUAUUCUUAGUUUGAGUCUCAGUGCAAGACGCGUCCAGCUCCCGCUCCUCAACAGAGUCAGAGUCAACGACCACAUAAUCCACAUCAGCAUCAACCGCCAAUGCCACCUCAUCAGCAACAUCCUCAACAUCCCCAGCAUCCUCAGCAUCCACAGCAAAAUCAUGGUCCUAGGAUGAUGAUGGGUCCUCCACAAGGUGUAAGACCACAGAGAAUGCCGCCACCAGGCAUGGGGCCUCCUGGCCCGGGUGGACCUGGUCAACAAGGACCACCGUGUCGGAUACAUGGGCCGCCAAUGGGGCCUGGGCCAGGGCCCCAUCAUCCGCUAUCAGGUCAUCCAAAUCAAGGACCUCCACCACCUGGGUAUCAACAAGGACCAUGGAAUGGUCCUAGGCCUAAUGGCCCUCCAGGUCCUCCUCGUGGUCCAAGUGGCCCUGGUGGACCACCCCAACAAGGUCUACCAGGUCCUGGUCCAGGACAACAUCGUCCGCCAGGAAUGCAAUUUCAUGGUGGACCACCAGGAGGCCCCCCUGGACAAGGUCCACCACGUGGACCACCUGGACAUCCAGGCGGACCUCCAGGAGAUCCACGGGGAGCACCUCCUCGACCCGAAUGGAAUAGACCUCCAGGGAUGCAUCAUGGACCGCAAGGACCACCAGGUUUCCCUCAACAUCAACAUAUGCAAGGUCCACAACCUGGUCAAGGACCUCCGCAGAGAGGACCUCCACCUGGAUCUAUGGGCGGAAUGUUACCAGGUCCUGGAGGACCACCACCAGGUCAUGGUGGUCCACCACAAGGACCUCCGCAAGGACCUCCGGGUGGUCCAGCACCACAUGUGAACCCAGCAUUCUUUUCUCAAGGCCCUCCUCAUCAGCAUCCUGGUCAGCAUCCAGGUGGCCCUCCAGGACCACCCGGCCCACCUCAUGGUCCACCUCAUGGCCCUCCACAUGGUCCACCCCAUGGACCACCCCACGGACCGCCACACGGUCAACCACAUGGGCCACCACAUGUACCUUCUCAUGGAUAUGGACCACCCACAGCACAGCCUCCUUAUGGUGGACCUGGUCCUGAACAUCGUCCAGAAGGACCACCACCCUUAACGGAGCAAGAGUUUGAAGAAAUAAUGGGUCGUAACCGUACCGUAUCGUCAUCUGCCAUCGCACGUGCGGUGUCGGAUGCUGCAGCCGGAGAAUAUGCAAGUGCUAUAGAAACAUUGGUCACUGCUAUUUCAUUGAUAAAACAAUCCAAAGUGGCGGCAGAUGAUCGAUGUAAGAUUUUGAUUAGUUCACUUCAAGAUACAUUACGUGGUGUGGAAACUAAGAGUUAUGGAUCAGCGCGAAGAGAACGGUCGCGUUCACGUGACAGGGAGCGCAGUCAUAGAAGACGUCGUGAAAGAUCUAGAAGCCGUGAAAGGGAGUACCGAGAGCGCAGCCGAGAUAGAGAGAGAGAAAGGGACAGGGAUCGUGAUCGCGAAAGAGAAAGAGAACGUGAUCGUGACAGGGAACGUUAUUACAGUGAACCUUAUCCGCGAGAAAGAUCGCGUAGCAGAGAAAGAGAACGCGAGCGAGAGCGAGAUCGUGAAUACCGGGAAAGAAGUCGAGAAGAAAGUACAACACGUCAAUCAGCCAGGCCAAGAGUAAAAGAAGAACCGCCAGAAGCGACACCUGUCUCUUCUUCGAAGUCGUCUAGGUAUUAUGACGAUCGCUACAGAGAGCGUGAACGGGACAGAGAGCGGGAGAGGGAAUCAAGUCGUCGUCCAUCAGAACGGGAAAGGGAACCUGAACGGGAACGAGAACGAGAGAGAGAUCGCCGUGAUGAAAGGGCAGAUUCAUCGCAUCGGUCCAGACAUUAAAUUUGCCAUUAUGCUCCUUGUUAUUCAUAGACGGUGGUAUAAUACAAGCAACAUAAGAUAUACGAUAGAACUUACAAAAAAUUCUUGAAGCAAAAAUAAUGCAAUGUGACAAAAGAAGAACUGUCUUUGCUCUAUUUAGAGGUAAAGUAGUGCGGUUGGCGUAAAGCAAGUAACUAUCAGAUAUGGAAUUAGGAAUAUUGAUUUUAAUCCUUUACAUUGAUAUUAGAUAAUGCGACAUUUCUUAAACAUUUAUUUCAUACUUCUUGAGUGCACGUUAAUAUUCCAUAGUUGCGUUUGCGCAAUUUAAAUGUUUCAUUUUUUUUCCAUCUACCGCAUACAUAUUAUGUAAUAAUAAUGUUCAUGUAUACGUACAUGCAUAUGUAACGACAUUCUAAAUAAGCUACUCAUUUAGGAUUACAGAAUAUUCAUUUAGUCAACUACCGAAUUAGGUAUUGUGCGGUGAAUAUACAAGAUACAGUGUUCUUGUAAUAUGUCAUAACGACUUUCGAUUUACGGUAUGUGGUCAAUAAAAAUUUCGAGAUGCAGUGAAGAUUUGCAAAAAGGACACAUACACGCGACUAAUGAAAGUAAUAAACUCAUCUUCGGAAGAGGAAUGAAGUCAUCCAACACAACCAUCGUUCUUCUAGCUACACGACGAUGCAAGAUUGUAUCUUCAUAUAAUACAGAUAUUCGCUUUCAAAAUAUAUAUUCAAAACAUGCCUUUAUUUUAUUCAUCUGUAUACACAAUAUCCUAAAAUUAAUCUGAUUAUAGUGAUUUUAAUGAGUACGCAUUCCAGGUAUUCAGAAAAUCAUCAACGGCAUCUGUACGGUAUUUUUCUUGUUUAUAAAUUUUAUGAAUAGUCGUAUAAAUAAUUGUAGUAUACAAGUAGAUUCUGAGGUACUUAAGGUUGUAGUUGAGAAAAUGGUGAUCUAUUUAAAAUGGUUUCUUUCAACUUAUGUUUGCAAACAAUUCUCAAGAUACAAUGUUUAUUAUAUAUCUUACAUCUUACCAUUUUUUCUUGCGGUUGAAACUUUCUACAAUGAAUGCACUCACUAUAAUGUUAAGUAUCUCAUAUUUUCAAUAUUUUUUUUUUUUUGACUCAUGGAGAUUCAUAAUAAAUAAGAUUUUAGACGAAAACAUCACGUUCCAAUUUAUAAAUAACCUGAAUGGGGUUAGAAUUUUUUAUUAAUAUAAAAAGUCCGUUAUUACAAUAAAAACCGGAAAAAAGUAUUUUAUUUUCUUCAUAAAUUCAUUUCAAAAUUGGGGCGAUAGCAAAUAAUUUUAGAGGCUACGUGAAAGAUUACGUAAUUGCUUUGCGUUCAGGAUCAAACUUCAGAAACCCGAAUCAAUUAUAUCUAUGUAUCGUACCUUAUGUUUUACGAAUCUUUUCAAUACAUUAAACAAUAUUUAUUGAUA